AUGCGACUUUCACUUGGACAUCUUUUAUGGAUAGCUCAAUUUAGUGUUCAUUCAUUUGUAUUUAAUGAUAAGAAUGGUAUACAAUUAAAUAUGGUUCGAGAAUUUCUUGAAUUUGCCCAAAAAUUAGCUGAAUCAAUGUCAAUUAUAAAAGAAUAUCAGAAACUCUUUGCAUCAUUCAAUAUAAGUUAUAUAAAAACAUGUUUUUUUGAAACCAAUAGUGCAGGUGAUCGUUUAACUGAAUUAACAAGAUGUUUAUUAAAAAAUAUGACAGAAUAUUUUCAAGCAUAUUCAAAACCAAUGGUUAAAGCAACAUCAUCAAUAUAUGAUCCAAAUUUAAUUCAAAGUUCAAGUGUACUAUUAACUUUAUAUUUAUAUUUACAAAAAAUUAUUACAUCACUUCGAGAUAUUCUUGAAACACGAGAUUGGCAAACAAAUGCAUUUAAAUUAAAAUUAAUUGAAUAUCGCCAAUGGUUUUCUCCAACAAUGAAAUAUUUAUUAGAAGGUUUUGUUGCACGGAUCAGACAAGCAAUGGAAAGAGCAGUAGAAGAUGAUAAUGAGAUUUGUAAUGAUGACGAUUAUAGCCGGUAUUCUGAAUCAUCUAAGGUAGCUACAAAUUUAUGUAUAAAGCUUUGCCAAGAAUGGGAAUCAAUUGAUUAUCCUGAUAUAGAUAUACGUUAUACAGCACUUAUUAAAUUAACAAAAACAAUAUGUGAACAAUGUCAGCAUUAUGCAAGAUGUACAGCACAUAAAUUAUCAGAAAAUAAAUAUUUUACUGAUUUAAAUCGUACAGGAUCAUUUAAUGUUUCAAAAAAAUUAUGUAUAUUAGUUAAUGAUAUUGAAUAUGUUAAACGAAAACUUCUUUCGUCCUUACCAGAUUUAUUAAAUUUCUCGGCUAUUAUUGAUAAAAUGAAUGAAAAUUAUGAUUCAACAGAUUUUCAACAAACAAAAGUAACACUUGAACGUUUAAUAGUAACAGCUGAACAUGAAAUGAAUGAUGUUAUUACACUUAUAUUUGAAUGUGUUGCCACAUUAUUUUGUGAAUCUUUAAAAGAUAAAAUUUCCAAAUAUUAUGAAGAUGAAAAACAUAAAAAAGUCGAUUCUAUGAAAGAUAUAAAUCUAUAUAUCGAUCAAGAAAUUCUUCAUAAAUUAUAUGUAGGUCUUGAAUCAGUUCAAUAUUUUCGUGGUGCUUGUGCUAUACGUAUAAAAACAUUACAAUGUUUAAGAGAAUUAUUACCAUUACAAGAACCACCAGAUUUUUAUGAACGUGUUUUACAAUCAUUUGAUCGUUUGGCUGCAUAUUUUGAAAUCGUAUGUCGUGAAGAACAUGAUAUACCUGGUUCACCAUGUGAAGAAAUAAUAAUAUUUCGACGAAGACUUGAAGAAUUUGCAUUAUCAACUGAACAAUUACAAUUAAGAGACGGUCAUGAGUGA